GCUGGGUAAAUGACCCCGUGAGUCAAGGGAAGGAACAAGACGCUGCACGGUCCGGACACCAUGGAGACCCCCGGGGGUCUGGCGCUGGGGCUAUGGCUGCUGCUGCUGAGCGGACACACAUGGGCACAGAGGGGGGUGCUGGAAGGAGCCCCCCUGACUUAUGGACCUUUGGAAGAGGAGAUCCUGGUGGCCAACCAUGGGGUCAGGGUGCCCUUCGGGAGAUCUGUCUACCUGGACCCUGUCCUGGACCUGGUGAUCCAAGUGCAGCCUGGAGACAAGUGUCACAUCAGUGUCCUCCGCAAUGACCCUCUGUCCCAGGGACCCGGCCAGCUGUCUCCUAACAGGUUCCCAUGUGAGUUCGGAGCCCGGGAGGUGAAGUACUCUCACCUGGGAGCCCGCAGUCCCUCCAGGGACAGAGUCAAGCUGCAGCUCCGAUAUGAUACCCAGAGCAGCACCGUGAUCAUCCCCUUCAUGAUAGAGGUGGAGGUGCUGUUCACCCAGCUGGAGGUGGUGACCAGGAACAUGCCCCUGACAGUGGACAAGCUGCUGGCCACCAGUAACCCCAUAGACAAGAAGACCCUGGAGUUCACCUAUGACAGGACUUUUGAAGUGUGCAGGAUCACCCCACUGCUGGACCUCGGUGGACUGCCCAGGUAUGGAAGGGUGCUGGGUAGUGCUGGGCAUAUGGUGGACUGUGGGGAGUUUUUGCAACAAGGGGUGCGCUACCAACACACUGCUGCCACCCAGUCACCCAACAAGGACUAUAUCCCCAUGUUGGUGGAAUUACAUGAUAAAGUUGGGAAUUUACUCAAGCAGGAACAUUUUCAAAUCCUGGUUAGAAUCAAAGAAGGUUUGGAGAAUACCCAGCCGAAGCCUAGCUUCAUAGCAAUGAUGAUGAUGGAGGUGGAUCAGUUUGUCAUGACAGCCAUCACACCUGACAUGUUGGCUGCCGAGGACUUGGAAUCUGACCCGGGGGAGCUUAUAUUUAAUAUCACUUCUUCCUUUGGUCCUGGACAGGGACAAAUUGUAAGCACGGAUGACCGCAACUUGCCCAUCACCUCUUUCUAUCAGAGGGAUUUGCAGGAACUUCGGAUUGCUUACAAACCCCCUCCAGAGGACUCUGAUGUGGAGCGCAUUUUUGAAGUGGAACUGGAGGUGGUGGACACUGAGGGUGCGGUGUCUGAGCCUUUCUCCUUCAUGAUUGUUGUGAAGCCGAUGAAUACACUUGCCCCUGUGGUGACACGUAACACUGGGCAACUUCUGUUUGAAGGGCAGUCACGUCCCCUCUCAAGUGCCCAGAAUUUACAGAUCAGCGAUGAGGACAAUUUACAUAAUGUUAAAGUGACUGUAUUAGAUGGGCUAAGACAUGGGCAGCUGUACCUGCUGGGUUCACCUGAGACCUCCAAAUUUUUUACAGCUUCUGAUCUGGACCAAGGUAGAGUCAUUUAUCAACAUGAUGGUAGUGAUACAUACAGUGACAACAUAAUCUUCCGAAUGACAGAUGGACAGCACGAAGUUGAGUUCCUCUUCCCAAUAACAGUGGUGCCAACUGAUGAUGAGCCUCCUAUAGUCAAUGCCAACACCGGACUGAUGAUCUCUGAGAAAGAAGUAUCCCCCUUGACGCCAGUUGUGUUAAGUGCAACAGAUAUCGACUCAGAAGACUCUACUAUACGCUUUAUUUUGGAAUUACCUUAUUCAACACUUGGCCAAAUGGUACUGCGCCAAUCUGAGAUACCUCAAGACCCCUCUGAGUGGAAGUUAAUACCCGAACUAAAUCUUUAUGAAAAGGAAGUAAAGGAAUGGACUCAACAAGAUAUAUUAGAUGGCAAAUUAUAUUACAAACAUAUUGGACCACACAGCACCAUCCCAGUCAUGGACCAGCUGGUCUUCAGAGUCCAAGAUGACAAUGAUCCUCCUAACCAGUCAGGAGAACACACAUUCAUAGUAAAAAUUAAUCCUAUCGAUGACUUGCCUCCAGAAUUAUACACUGGUACCACCCUUAGGAUGGUGGUACAGGAAUACCAUCUAACCCACUUUAGAAGAAAAUUUCUUCGAUAUACUGACUUGGAUUCUGAUGACCGUGACCUUAAAUAUACAGUGACUAUUCCCCCGACUGACACCGAUGAAAACAACCCAGUUAUGAUGGGAUUCAUAGUUCUUACUGAAAACCCAGACCAGGUUGUUACAGAGUUUACUCAAGCCCAGAUAAACCAUCAUAAAAUUGCCUACAAACCACCCGACUUGGAGCUUGGCAUUACUCCACGUGUAGUGCAGUUCCACUAUACUGUAGAGGAUAUGUCUGGGAAUGUGGCUGAAGGAGAUUUUACAAUUUUUCUAGAGCCUGUGGACAACAAACCUCCAAGUAUUAUUAAUACAGGAUUUACUGUGUUUGAAAGAGGAAGUCACAUUAUCACUCCAGCAGAACUUGAUGCCACCGAUGCAGAUACUGGCAACGAUAAAAUUACAUUCACCCUCACUCAGUCUCCAAGGCAUGGUCAAGUGCUGUAUGCCAAUAAUGUGAUGGAUGUCGGUGAAGCCUUUGUAUUGGAUGACAUUCGGAGUGGAAGGAUAAGCUACAUGCACAGUGGUGAGGAGUCUUCUACUGACUCUUGCACUCUUGAUGUUAGUGACGGCGUCCAUGUAGUUACAAUCAUCAUCAAAAUCAAUGUGCGACUAGUCGAUGAUGAAGUGCCUAGACUCAUGCUACCUUCUGGAACCAUCGGAUCCUACUUAGAUGUUCUAGAAGGCAGCUCUGCUGAAAUCACCUCCAAUGUUAUUCAGGGCACUGAUGCAGAUACAGAUGACCUCAUGCUAACCUUCAUUGUAGAAGACCCACCACUUCUCGGAGAAAUCCUGGUCAAUGGCAUCCCAGCUGAAAGGUUUUCUCAAAGGGACAUUAUUGAUGGUGCUGUUAUUUAUUCUCACACUUCUGGAGAAAUUGGUUUAAAGAAAAAAGAAGACUCAUUCAAUUUAACAUUAUCAGAUAUGUCUGAAGAAUGGACCGUUGGGGGUAAUAGAGUUAAUGGAGUUCGUGUUCAUGUGACCAUUCUUCCCUUGGAUAACCAGCCCCCUAUUGUUUCAGUGGGGGACCAAUUUGCCGUUAUUGAAGGAGAGAAAAAUGUGAUAACACCCUCCCAUCUAAAAGCUACAGAUGGGGACACCCCAAAUGAUGACAUCCUUUGUACUAUCGUUGUGCAGCCUACAUCUGGAUAUCUUGAAAACAUUUCACCGGCACCAGGCUCUGAAAAAUCUAGAGCUGGCACAUCCAUCAGUGCAUUUACAUUGAAGGAUAUUAGAUUGGGACACAUUUAUUAUGUUCAGAGCAUCCACAAAGGUGUAGAACCUAUAGAAGAUAGACUUACUUUCCACUGUUCUGAUGGCAUAAACUUUUCCCAAAAGCAUUUCUUCCCGAUUGUGAUUAUACCAGCCAAUGAUGAAAAGCCAGAGAUCUUCAUGAGAGAGUUUGUGGUCAUGGAGGGAAUGAGUCUGGUCAUUGAUAUUCCAAUACUGAAUGGGGCAGAUGCAGACAUCCCAGCAGAUGACCUCAUCUUUUUCAUCACAAAGCCACCAAAACAUGGACAUAUUGUAAACCAGCUAACUAAUGGCACCAUGAUAGUGAACAGCUUCAGCCUGGAUGACAUCAAGGAAAGCUCCACCAUCCUAUAUGAGCACGAUGAUUCCGAGACCAAAGAAGACAGCUUUGAGAUAAAACUUUCUGAUGGAAAACAUUCAGUAGUCAAAACUGUUCUGAUCAUGAUAAUACCUGUGGAUGAUGAGACUCCCAGAAUGACCAUAAAUGAUGGACUGGAGAUUGAAAUUGAAGAAAUCAAACUCAUUACCAAUAAAGUACUAAAAGCAACAGAUUUGGACUCAGAUGAUAAGUCUCUGACCUAUAUAAUACGCUAUGGGCCUGGUCAAGGCCUCUUACAAAGACGAAGACCAAAUGGUGGCCUUGAAAACAUUACAAUAGGCAUGAACUUCACUCAGGACGAGGUGGACAAGGACCUAAUACAGUACCAUCACUUUGGCCAAGAAGGAAUUCGUGAUCUGUUUAAAUUUGAUGUUACAGAUGGCAUAAAUCCCCUCAUUGACAGAUAUUUUUAUGUCACGGUUGGAGGCAUUGAUAUGGUAUUUCCAGAUGUGAUAAGCAAAGGGGUAUCUCUAAAGGAAGGCGGGAAAGUGACCCUUACUACUGACUUGCUCAGCACCAGCGAUCUCAACAGCCCUGACGAACACUUAAUUUUCACUAUCACAAGGGCUCCUGUACGUGGGCAUUUGGAGUGCACAGAUUUGCCAGGGGUCCCCAUCACAUCAUUCACCCAGUUGCAGUUAGCUGGGAACAAGGUCUAUUACACACAUACAUCGGACGAUGAAGUAAAGAUGGACAGCUUUGAAUUUGAGGUCACCGAUGGAUAUAACCCAGUUUUCCGCACAUUCAGAAUAUCCAUAACCGAUGUUGAUAAUAAGAAGCCAGUUCUCACCAUCCAUGAACUGGCGGUGAGAGAGAGUGAGAAUAAAUUGAUCACCCCCUUUGAACUGACAGUGGAGGACAGGGAUACCCGAGAUAAAAGGCUUAAAUUUGUCAUCACACAGGUGCCGGUACAUGGAAAGAUCCUGUAUAACAAUACUAAAGCAGUGACCUCCUUCACAAAGCAAGAUCUCAAUGACAACCUUAUCAGUUAUAAACAUGAUGGUACCGAGUCCACCGAGGACAGCUUCUCCUUCACUGUGACUGAUGGCACCCACACUGACUUUUAUGUCUUUCCUGACACUGUCUAUGAGACUCGCCAGCCACAGAUGAUGAAGAUACGGAUUAUAGCUGUGGAUAAUGGGGUUCCACAGAUUGUAGUAAAUAAAGGUGCCCCGACUCUCCGUGUCAUGAGCACUGGUCAUCUGGGAUUCUUGAUCACCAACAAGUUCCUUAAAGCAGAAGACAGGGACAGUGCCCACAUCUCUCUCCGCAUCCGAAUUACUCAAGGUCCCAGUCAUGGAUUCCUUAUCAACCUGGACAAGGGGAACCACAGCAUCAACCACUUCACACAAGCGGACAUUGAUGAUAUGAAAAUCUGCUACGUGUUACGAGACAAAGAAAAUGCGACAAGUGAUAUUUUUCACUUUGCUGUUGAAGACAGUGGAGGAAAUAAACUGAAGAAUCAGCAUUUUCGUCUUAACUGGGCAUGGAUCUCUAUUGAGAAGGAGUACUAUUUGGUGAAUGAAGAUGCCAAGCAUUUAGAAGUUAUCCUGAAGCGUAGAGGAUAUUUGGGAGAAACAUCAUUUGUCAGUAUUGGCACCGUAGAUGGGACCGCAGAAAAGGACAAGGACUUUAGAGGAAAGGCCCAGAAACAAGUUCAGUUUAACCCCGGGCAGACCACGGCAACAUGGAGAGUGCGGAUCUUGACUGAUGGGGAAUACGAAGAGUCAGAAACCUUCCAGAUCGUUCUGUCAGAGCCCGUCAUGGCAGCCUUGGAAUUCCCAGAAGUGACAACAGUGGAGAUUAUCGACCCUGGAGAUGAGUCUACAGUAUUUAUACCUGAACCAAUAUAUAAAAUCCAAGAAGAUAUUGGUGAGCUGUUCAUACCGGUGCAGAGAAGUGGGGAUGUGAAUCAGGAGUUGAUGGUGAUAUGCUUUACACAGCAAGGUACGGCUACUGGAACCGUCCCAACAUCUGUUUUAUCCUACUCUGAUUACAUAUCUAGGCCCGAGGAGCAUAACAGUGUUCUGAGGUUUGAUAAAGGCGAGAAGGAGAAGAUGUGCCGUGUGGUUAUAAUAGACGAUUCCUUGUAUGAGGAAGCAGAGUCCUUUAAUGUCACGUUGAGCAUGCCUAUGGGAGGAAGACUUGGAUCUGCAUUCCCCUCUACUCAGGUUGUGAUUUUACCUGACAAGGAUGAUGAACCGGCUUUUUACUUUGGAGAUGUGGAACUGUACGUGGAUGAGAGCGCGGGAUACAUAGAAGUACGUGUAUGGAGGACUGGUACUGAUCUGUCAAAGACUGCCACCGUCACAGUGCGGUCACAAAAGACGGAACCGGUGUCAGCAUUAGCUGGCGUUGACUAUGUAGGCAUCAGUAGGAAUCUGGAUUUUGCCCCCGGCGUUAACAUGCAGACUUUCCGUGUGGUCAUUCUGGAUGACUUGGGACAGCCGGUGCUGGAGGGCAUAGAGAAGUUUGAACUAGUGCUGCGUAUGCCAAUGAAUGCUGUCCUCGGGGAACCCAGCAAAGCCACAGUGCACAUCAAUGACACGGUCUCUGACUUGCCAAAGGUUCAGUUCAGGGAGGCCAUGUACAUGGGGCAUGAGAAGGAUGGGAAGAUCACCGCCAUGGUGUACAGAAGUGGGGAUGUCAGCUACAAGUCUACAGUACGUUGUUACACUCGUCAAGGAUCUGCGCAGGUGAUGAUGGACUUUGAAGAGCGACCAAACACAGACAAUUCGAUCAUCACCUUCCUUCCAGGUGAGACAGAACGUCCUUGCAUCCUGACCCUAAUGGACGAUACCAUCCACGAAGAAGAGGAGGAGCUGCGACUUGUCCUUGGAACUCCCAGAAGUGAAUCUCCUUUUGGAGCCUCCAUAGGAGAACUCAAUGAGACCCUAAUAAAGAUUAAGGAUGAUGCAGACAAGGCAAUAAUAAAAUUUGGCGACACCAAGUUCAGUGUGAGCGAACCCAAGGAAGCCGGACAAAUCGUCAUAGUAAAAAUUCCAGUGGUUCGUCAGGGAGACACAUCAAAGGUCUCCAUUGUGCGUGUGCACACAAAGGACGGCUCCGCUACCUCUGGGGAAGAUUAUAACCCUGUGUCAGAAGAGAUUGAAUUUAAAGAAGGGGAAACGCAGCACGUUGUUGAGAUUGAAGUCCUGUAUGAUGGAGUUAGGGAAAUGAGAGAGGCCUUUACUGUGCACCUAAAACCUGAUGAGAACAUGGUCGCAGAAAUCCAGAUGGCCAAAGCGAUUGUGUACAUUGAAGAAAUGGACAGCAUGGCAGAUGUGACAUUCCCCUCAGUUCCUCAAGUUGUUUCACUCUUUAUCUAUGAUGACACCUCAAAAGCUAAGGAGAACCCCAAUCCCAUUGCUGGGUACCCAGUGGCUUGCAUCACGGCAUGUAACCCUAAAUAUUCGGAUUAUGACAAAACUGGAUCGAUAUGUAGCAGCGAAAAUAUUAAUGACACAUUGACCCGUUACCGCUGGCUGGUCAGUGCCCCCAAGGGCCAGGACGGAGUCACCAGUCCUAUGAGGGAGGUGGACUUCGACACAUUCUUUACUUCUUCAAAAAUGAUCACACUGGAUUCAAUAUACUUCCAUGCUGGUUCACGGGUGCAAUGCGCGGCCAGGGCCGUAAACUCUGAGGGGCAAGAAGGUCUGGAACUUAUGAGUCCUAUAGUGAUCAUAAGCACUGAAGAAGGUCUUUGCCAACCUAGAGUGCCAGGAGUAGUGGGGGCCGAACCAUUCUCGGCAAAAAUGCGAUAUACCGGAUCCGAUGAUCCCGACCAUCCAAACCUUAUUAAAGUAACUAUUACUAUGCCUCAUAUUGAUGGCAUGCUUCCAGUCAUCUCCUCUAGGGAACUUUCCAACUUUGAACUCACCCUGAGCCCCGAUGGUACCCGGGCAGGAAACCACAAGUGUUCUAAUCUUCUGGAUUACAAUGAAGUGAGAACGCGCUAUGGGUUCUUGACUGAUGCCACCAAGAACGUUAAUGUAAUAGGGGAGACCUCUCCUUAUCAAUAUAGUACACAGCUCAGAGGGGCUAAUGCACUGCGCUUCUACCGGAAUCUUAACUUAGAGGCCUGCCUGUGGGAAUUUACCAGCUACUAUGACAUGUCAGAGCUCCUGACUCAAUGUGGGGGCACCAUUGGCACAGAUGGACAGGUCUUGAAUCUUGUGCAGUCCUAUGUAACGCUGCGGGUGCCCUUGUAUGUGUCCUACGUGUUUCACUCACCUGUGGGUGUUGGCGGGUGGCAGCACUUUGAUCUCCACUCUGAGCUACGUCUAACAUUUGUGUACGAUACCGCCAUCUUGUGGAAGGAUGGUAUCGGGAGCCCUCCGGAAGCUGAAUUACAAGGCGCCCUCUACCCGACCAGUAUGCGUAUAAAUGAAGAAGGCCGCUUGGUCGUCAACUUUAAAACAGAAGCUCGAUUCUAUGGCCUGUUUGUCAUGUCACAUUCAGCAACCUCACUGACCUCCAUGAUCAUGUGCGCCGACCAUCCGGAGCUGACCUUCACCUUGAACCUUGUGCGGACUGAGCCCAGUUAUAGCCAGCCCAUUCAACAAUGGAGUUUCGUCUCUGACUUUGCUAUCCGGGACUACUCUGGCACUUACACAGUUAAACUGAUCCCCUGUACCACUGCCCCGUACCAGGAAUACAGUAUACCGACUGUGUGUAACCCUCGGGAGCCCAUCAAUUUCGAUGUCGAUAUCCGAUUCCAACAGGUCAGUGACCCGGUGGCCACAGAGUUUAGUUUAAAUACCCAAAUGCUGCUUCUGUCUAAGAAAUCCUUAUGGCUGUCUGAUGGAUCGAUGGGAUUUGGACAAGAGAGUGACAUAGCGUUCCUAGAAGGUGAUGUCAUCUAUGGCCGAGUGAUGGUUGAUCCAGUCCAGAACCUGGGAAAUUCCUUUUACUGCAGCAUUGAGAAAGUUUUCCUCUGCACCGGUGCAGAUGGCUAUGUGCCCAAAUAUAAUCCCACAGAUAAUGAAUAUGGCUGCCUUGCUGACUCUACAUCUCUUUUGUACCAGUUUAAAAUAUUGGAUAAAGCGCAGCCAGAAACUCAGGCCAGAAAAUUUGGCAGCAUUGUGUUUAAUGCCAGACUGGCCGCAGAUGAUCCGGAGGCAUUACCUCUAGUCAGACAGCCCGGCUCAGAUGGAUUUAAAGUAGACUCCACUCCUCUGUUCCAGGUUUCUACAGGACGAGAGUGGUACAUCCAUGCCAUCUACACAGUGCGCUCCAAAGAAAACACCAACAGAGGCAUUGGAAAGAGAAGCUUAGAAUACCAGUACCAUUCCGUAUUGAGCACUGGCACGUCUGGAGAUUCCAAGAGCAGUCGUAGGAAGAGAGAUGUCAAUGAAUCCCCACAAAUUGCUCAGGAAAUUGGCUUGGAGAACAACAGAGGAACCAAUAUCCAGCAUAUCAUUUUAGAACGGAGCAACAAAAAGACAAUUCCCGAGAAGGAAAUCACCUUAGAUGGGAUAAUACCCAGAGAGGUGAAUAAUAAGGAAAGUGAGAUCAACGUGGUCAUCAUUGUGGUCAUCAUUGCCGCCAUGUUGUUAUUAGGGGUUUGUUUGAUAGCUAUCAUUUUAUUCAUGCUGAAGCGUAAGCAAAAGUCUAAAAAGAAGGAAGAAGGGCGCGAGUCAGGAAGUAGCGAACCCAUGAUGCCACCUCGCGGAUACAGUACAGACAGCUCCGAGGUUUGACAUAGUGGACCCACGAGCCACGUCAUGUACCAGUGCCUCAAAAAUAGUCAUUUUCAAAUUUGAUGAAGUCUUUUCAGAAGACGCACCCAUACUCUGUCCCCCAUGGUCCGUCCGUCUGCCCUUAAAUACCUCAUGUGUGUUGGAAGGACUAUGAGGCGCACCAAUGGGACCGAAACAUCAAACCAGGGAAUCCUGACAACCUGAACUCAUGCACUCAACAUGAAGAGGCGCUAACAGAAAAAAAAAAACUCGAAAUGAGGUUUAUCCUCCUGUAUUUCUUUUAUAUUAUUUAAAAAAAAACUGAAAUAUGCAAAGGUGCUGAUGGCUCGUCCCUUCACUCACAGGGAGAGCUUUUUCUAAUAUUAUCCACCAGAGGUUCAAUGAUCGUACUGUACCUGUCAAGUUUUUUAACAUUUUUUUUUAUUUUGCCAAGAGACUUUAUUAUCAUCUUUGUGAAGAUUUCUAUACAAUAUUGCCGUUUUCUCUUAUAUUUUGUGAUACGGAAAUAGAUGACAUGGUCAAGUUACCGCAGAAAGGUGAAUUCCUUCCCAGUGUAUUCAUCUAGUAUUUUAUUUAAUUUUUUAUUCCUUGUUAACCAAAGAUUCUUACGAGGUUAUGGGCGCUAGUCUAGGAAAAUGUGGGUUUCAAGUCCAUUUUAUCAUAGAGCCUUAGAAUACAAGGAGGUCUGCAAGAUGUACUGUUAGGAGAGGGUGACUUUAUUGCACUGAAUGCCAUCACGCUGGUCAUGUGAGGUUCUGUUUGACUAUCGCAGUGUUUCCCAACCAGG